UUUGUGAUUAUUUUCUUUAUCAAAGAGAAGGGUCAGAAUGAUAGAUUUCAUGGAUGCUGAAGAGCAACUAAGGACGAGUUGCGAGUCCAUGUAUCCUUAAUAAAUCUAUCAAAAUCCUCGUGAAGAAUCCAGGACGCUUUGAAGCGAAACGGUCUUUGAUGCGUGAAGGUUGGUCCUGGAGUUCUAGUUUGCAGAAGCAGAGGUCUGUGGUCUGAUUUGAACCAGGGAAGGGUCUUCACUACAGCAUCCAAGACUGAGAGAGAGAGAUGUCAAGUAGCAGGAAGAGUAUGAAGAGCGAAAAGGCCGCAGCGAAGAAGGCAACAACACUGGUGGUGAAGAAAUCAUCAUCAUCAUCACCUGGGGAGUAUUUGGUGGCGAUAAAAGCAGGAGAGAGGGUGGAAUUCCCGACAUCCCCAGAAGCAAUAUUUGGAGAAGAAAUAGUGAGCUUGAGUCACCCACAGCACCCUCUGGUGCAGGUGGAGCAGCCUGAGCUGUACACAUGCGCAGGCUGCAAGGAGUACGGAUCGGGCAAGAGGUUCGCUUGUCAACAAUGUGAUUUUCAGGUGCACGACUUCUGUGCCUUGGCUCCUCCUGCCCUCAAGGCCCAUCCCUUCCACUCCCACCAUCUCAUCUUGUUCCAUCCAAAACCAGUGAAAGGCGGAAUCACGAAAUCGAAAUGCGAUGUGUGUGGGAAACAGAUCAAGGGUUAUGCGUUCAUAUGCGGCGCGUGUGGGUUUCAGAUGCAUCCCUGCUGUGCUAUGCUCUCCACGGAAAUCGAGUUCGCGGGCCAUCCUCACACCUUAAAACUCCUGCCUGCCGUCGCCACCUCAAACAGCGACUCUGGAGGUAAUUUAGUAUGCGGCGAGUGCAAGAGGAGGAGAUCGGGGCGAGUGUACCGCUGUACCGCAUGCGAUUAUCAUUUGCAUGCAGUGUGCGCCAAAAAUAUGGUGAACGGUCUGCAAGCCAAUGGAAUCAAGAGCCCCGAGAAGAGCAGUGUGCUGGGCACUGCGGCCCGCCUCGCUUCACAGGUCGUCGUUGAGUUCAUCGGAGGCUUGAUUGAGGGUCUUGGCGAGGGCAUGGGAGAAGUCCUCGUCCAAAAUAUCUCCCGAGGCAAACCUCCUCUCCCUCCGCCUCACCCAACUUCAUCUUCUCACUCUUGUUAAUCUUUCGGCAAACUAUCCCACCAAAUCUCGCGCCUUUCUCUUUCAAUCAUUAUUAUAUAUAUUUGCACAUCGCCGAAAUCAACGUUUUAGAAGUUUUAAAAUUAGAUACCAAAUAUUUAACAUUGAAGCGGAGGAUUGAUGCCCACCUCCUCCCUUUUUAUAUUCCUCCGACCUUAUCUUUUAUAAUGCUUUAUAAAUUUCAUGGAUUGAGAAAUAAAUUACCUACCACUUUUUAAAUACUAGUUUUUACUUAUGUGAAAUUUUUUUCAUAAUAGUUAGUGUUAUAUGUGAUUUAAGAAGUUAUAUCUAAUUUUAUUUUUUUUAAAUGAAUGGUUGCUAUGAUGUGUGCGUAAAGUCAAUGUACCAACUGAUUGUGUAUAUAUAUAUUUUUUGGGUAAGAUCAA